CUCAGAAUCCAUGAACAACUAUUGAAAAGAAUCAAAACGUUGUACAUGAAGUAUGGUAAAAGUAUAAAUUCCAAGGCUCCCAAGCAACCAGAUUCAAGGAUAAUAUCCCCUCUAGAGAUCGUCGUUGAGAGCUCGAAUUCUAGGGUAAACAACAACGUUAGGAAAAUCCAGGAGAAGCUAAAGAGAGUUCUUCAGAUAAUCUACCAACUCAGUUUUAAACAAUCUGAGCAUGAACAGCAUCAUAAAAACGAGUUUUGAAACGACGAAAGGGAUGUGUCGCCUCCUGGUUGUUUUAGACUGGGAUCUCAGGCAUCUAUCGCAGCUCCUAAUAUCCAAAUCAAGCACCUUGAGAUAGCAGAUAUUCGCCAAAUUUCCCCAUCUUUAUUCAAGUCAUUGCCAAGAGAGUCAGAAUUAGUGAAAUAUAUAGAACUAAUCAAAGCUUAUCUUGUAGAGAGGAAUAUCUACCAAAGAAGCAAAAUCAUUAACCAACUCAAUUGCGUUGAACAAGGGCUCUUAGCUGAUAAAGUUAAGAAAUCUAAAAGAGCUAAGGCCAAGAAGUAUGUUAAAACACUAUUUGACACAUAUAAAAAAUUGUAAAAUUCAA